CUUUCAUAUCAAGCAACAAGAAAUUCCACCAAUUUAUCUGAACUCCAAGCAUCAUGCAUCUACUAGCAUACAUCCUGUUUUUCGCCGCCACAUCCUGCUGCCUGGCUCACUACAGGGGAGGGUAUGAAAGCCACAGAAUGUUCGAGAGGGAUGAACUUCACGAAGACGUAGAUGGAGUCUUAGUUGAGUGCCCAGUUUGCGAGAGUAACGGUGUAUUGCCCACACACGAACAUUGCAACAUCAUCAGAGGAAACAAGAAAUACAAGAAAUGCGAAUUUGGUACAUAUAAGAACGAAGUCUGCGGCAACCGACGUGAUUGCUACAGGGGCCCUGCAGAACAGUGUACUGAAAAAAUGCAGGUGGAUGUCUAUGGUCAGAAAUGCGCUUACGGCUACUACUGCGACAACCUAUACAAUGUUUGCGUGGGAUUGGACUACAGCGUCGAGAGGCCUUUUGGAAUCUAUAACCACCUUUAUCAGUACCCGCUUCGUGACGAUAAGCUGAUUGUGUAAGAAGUUAAGAAGCAAAAGCUGUCAA